UGUGAAGAGUGUCUGUGCUGGCAGCAUGGAGUCUGUAUGGGUUUGCUGGAAGAUAAUAUACCUGAGAAAUACACCUGCUAUGUUUGCCAAGAUCCUCCAGGUCAGAGGUCCAGCUUAAAGUACUGGUACGAGAAGGAGUGGUUGAGUAAUGGUCACAUGCAUGGCUUAGCGUUUUUGGAAGAAAAUUAUUCUCACCAGAACGCCAAGAAGAUAGUAGCCACUCACCAGCUUCUUGGCGAUGUCCAGAGAGUGAUAGAAGUUCUGCACGGCCUGCAGCUGAAGAUGAGCAUAUUACAAAAUAAAGAACAUCCUGACCUAAAGCUUUGGUGCCAUCCGUGGAAGCAUAUUACAGUGGAUGAAAAAAUUCACACGAAACACAUCAUUCACAUUGAGGAAAACUGUUGCAAGGAGGAGACGGCCAGUUACCGAACUUGGAACGGGACGGUCGAGAAGCCCUCAACCAUCCCUUCCGUGGAGGAGUCGUACAUCACGAGUGAGCACUGUUACCAGAAGCCUCGCGCCUAUUACCCCGCCAUAGAGCAGAGGCUCGUUGUGGAAACCAGGGGCUCAGCCAUGGAUGACGGAGUAAAUCGAAUACGGGAAAACGGGGACGAUGCCCUGUCGGAGAGAUUCGGCUGGAAUCUGGACCGAGAAAUAUGCAAGAUGGAAAACGAAUCCAAACACAAUUACUCUAAGGUCAGAGAGUCUGUCUCCAAGAAGGUCUCUCCAGAGGAAGCUAUUGAAAUGAAAUUGCUGGAAAAAGACAAAGAAGGAGUUGUGAACUCGCAGCUGCAGUGGCAGCUUAACCUUUUAGCUCACGUGGAAUCUCUGCAAGAUGAAGUCAUACACAGAAUGGAUUUCAUUGAGAAGGAGCUAGAUGUUUUGGAGAGUUGGCUGGAUUACACGGGAGAGCUGGAACCACCGGAACCGCUCGCUCGACUCCCGCAGCUCAAACAUUGUAUAAAGCAGCUCAUAACGGACCUGGGCAAGGUGCAACAAAUCGCCCUUUGCUGCUCGACGUGAGACUGGGAGAUGUGGAGACUGGUGCCGAGGGCGAAGUUGGAGCAUCUGAUGCGAAGGGCUCUGUGUAUU